CUGAUCUGCGUUUCAAAGACUUUUGAAAAAUGGUGCUCAGUAUCACGAAUCAAUCACAGACAAAAGUCAAGUUUUAAACAUCGAAAGCUGGAAAUACUUAGUACAUCCAAACGUGUUUUUAUGCAACUGUUUUUUUCGCCCAUGGGAGAAUCCUUCAAAUGGAGAUUUAUUGUUUACUGAAGGUGCAGUUGACGAACACUUCUGAAGGCGUCAAGAUCAAAGCAUGGCUGUUAAUACCAAAGCCCUCUUCUCCAAUUUCAACCUUCUCCAACGUGGCACUAGGCAAAUUUGGAGUCUCUCUGCCUCCAAACAAAGACAACAAGAAGCUUUUAAGCAUCGCUUGAUCCAAUAUAGGCCAGCUUCAAGUGAAGCCUCGCCAAAAUGGAGACGCGAAAAGGUGACCAUGACAUCUAGCGAGGCCUUUGUAGAGACCUUGGUCUCUCAUGGGACUAAGAAUGUGUUUGGGAUUGUUGGCAGUGCAUUCAUGGAUGCCUUGGACAUCUUUGAGCCUGCUGGGAUCCGAUUCAUCUCGGUUCAGCACGAGCAAAACGCCGUCCACAUGGCUGAUGGCUAUUCCAGGGCCUUGAAUCGACCUGGCGUGUGCAUUGCCCAAAAUGGGCCUGGAAUCACGAAUUUUGUUACUGGAGUGGCUGCUGCGUAUUGGGCACAUUCUCCGGUUGUCGUGAUUACCCCUGAAACUGGCUCCCUCACCAACGGCUUGGGUGGUUUUCAGGAAACCAAUCAGCUUCCAAUCUUCUCCCAAAUCACCAAAUAUCAAGCUCAUGUGUGUUCACCCAAUCGCAUGGCGGAAUUCACGGAUCGAUGCUUCAACUACGCCAUGUUGGAACGUGGACCCGUGCAAUUGAAUAUUCCCAGGGACAUGUUCUACGGCGACGUUUCCGCCAAAAUAUCCGAACCCUUGGUAGUGGAAAGAUCGGCAGGAGGUCCACUGGAUCUCAAGCGAGCUGCCAAACUCCUCUCAGAGGCCAAAAAUCCGGUUUUGGUUGCGGGUGGUGGUGUGGUGAUGGCAGAUGGGGUGCUCGAGACUGUCGAAUUGGCAGAAAAAAUGCAAGUUCCCGUAUGCACAACGUAUUUGCAUAAUGAUGCGUUUCCAUGUGAUCAUCCACUUUGGAUGGGACCCUUAGGAUAUCAGGGUUCUAAAGCCGCCAUGGAGAUCAUUUCCGAGGCCGACGUGGUUUUGGCCUUGGGAACUCGACUCGGUCCGUUUGGCAGCUUACCUCAAUACGACUUCGAUUACUGGCCCAAAAAUGCGAAAAUUAUUCAGAUUGACAUUGCGCCCAGACGAUUGGGACUCACCAAAGACAUCGAUGUUGGGAUCUGUGGCGAUGCCAAAUUGGCGUGCAGAGCCUUACUCUCCGAAAUUCAAGACCGAGCAGCCUGUUUAAAGACUUCUACUGAGCGAGUGGAAAAGGCCAGGACAAUCCGCCAAAAUUGGGAAGAUGAACUCUCCAAAUUGUCCGAGCGUGGUUCAGAUGAGACCAUGAGUCCUCGAUCUGCUCUGAGACAUCUGGAACAAGCCUUACCAAAGGACGCCAUGGUUGCCACCGACAUUGGGAAUAUUUGCUCUGUGGCCAACAGCUAUCUCCGCUUCUCUGAACCCAAGAGCUUCUUUGGCGCCAUGAGUUUCGGGAACUGCGGCUACGCUUUUCCAGCCGUCAUGGGAGGCAAGUUGGCAUGCCCUGCCCGACCGGCCAUCGCUUACGUGGGCGACGGGGCGUGGGGCAUGAGCCUGAAUGAGAUGUUGACCUGUGUAAGGGAGAACAUUCCCGCCAUUGCGGUGGUGUUCAACAACGAACAAUGGGGUGCCGAGAAGAAGAAUCAGGUCGACUUUUACUCUGACCGCUUUGUUGGGACCAACCUCAAAAACCCGAGCUUUGCGGAAAUCAGUAAAUCCAUGGGGGCUCAAGGUGUGAGUGUGACCAAGCCAGAGGAAAUUAAGCCAGCCCUUGACACUCUCAUUGCGAGUGGAAAGCCCGGUGUUCUUGAAAUUGCCGUGUCCAAGGUACUGGCCGAUCCAUUUCGGAGAGAUGCCCUCAAAAUCCCCGUGCGCCACUUGGAAAAGUACAAGAAAUUUGUUUAAACUAAGCAACCACCCAAGAUGACUUUUAAAUAUGUACCCAAUGCUCUUUUGGCUGUGUUUAGGCUUUAAGGACUCGUGUGAAUUUACAAUAAACAGAUGUAUCCAUUGACAAUUUAAA